AUGCUAGAUCAAGGAGUUAUCCGACCUAGUCAAAGCCCUUUCUCAUCACCAGUCCUACUCGUAAAAAAGAAAGAUGGGACCUACAGGUUCUGUGUAGAUUAUAGAGCCUUGGACGUUGCAACAGUACGUGACCAAUUUCCUAUUCCUACUGCAGAUGAGCUCUUUGAUGAAUUAGGUCAAGCAAUGGUGUUUACAAAAUUAGAUCUUAGAGCAGGCUAUCAUCAAAUAAGGAUGCAUGACCGGGACAUAUAUAAAACCGCCUUUCGAACUCACGAAGGACAUUAUGAGUUUCUUGUCAUUCCUUUCGGGUUAAUGAAUGCCCCGUCUACCUUCCAAAAGGCAGAGGAAGCAUUUACAGCCCUUAAAACUAUAAUGACAAAGACUCCAGUUUUAAGACUCCCUAAUUUUAGCAAGCCUUUCAUUGUAGAAAUAGAUGCAUCUAAUGAAGGCAUUGGAGCAAUUUUUGUGCAGGACGACAGACCAAUUGCUUUUUUUAGCAAAAAGUUGGGAUCGCGCUUAAGAAACUCAUCAACAUAUAACAGGGAGCUUUUUGCCAUUGUAGAAGCGGUACAAAAAUGGAGACAGUACCUACUUGGGAGAUUUUUCACCAUCCGCACAGACCAUAAGAGCUUAAAGGAGUUGUUACAACAAGUAGUGCAAACCCCAACUCAACAACACUAUGUUAGAAAAUUAAUGGGGUAUAAUUUCAAAAUAGAGUACAAACCUGGUAGUAAUAAUAAAGUAGUAGAUGGUCUUUCAAGGAGAGAAGAAGAGGCAACUCCGAACACAUCGUAUGGGGAAGUAUUCCUCACAGUAAGUAAACCAAUCCCAGAACUUCUAGAGACCAUACAAAAGGAAAAUAAUUCAGAACCUAACAUACUACAACUUCACCAAAAAAAUACAGAAGGGAGACUACCUAAUCAUUAUGAAAUCAAAGAGGCCUAG